AUGCCGUGGAAAUACCCCAUCGGCAAGACAUGCGUCGGUAACGCAGCCGUCUUCUGGGACGUGGAGGAUUGCCCAAUCCCAAGACGUGUCUUUCCUGAGUCGAUUUGUCAGAUUAUCAAAUCUCCUCUUGAAAAGAAGCGUACUCGUGGUAUUAUGUCAAUCAGGGCUUUUGCGAUGAUGGAUAACGAUACUAUCGACGAAGCAGGCGAUCCUCUCUGCUACGCCGGAAUCAGACUCGUACACGAAGAUUCAGGUUCGAUAGUUGAUCAAAUGCAAAAAGAGAUUCUUAUUUGGGCCCUCGAGCAUCGUCCGAAACUUGGUGCCCAAAAUCGUGAACGACCGAAUUUGGUGGUUAUCGCGAAAAACGUCAAAACAGAGUCGGAUUUUGGCAGAAUGCUUUUUUAUUUGAAUUUGAGAAAUUACAAUGUUAUCGCAGUAGUGCCUAACGAGGUCGCAUGUCCAUAUGCAAACUCGGUAUUGCUUUGGACAAGCUUUUUUGAUUAA